AUUUUUAUUUAAGCAAGUUCCCUUUCUUAUCCUUUCUUUCUCUCAGGUGUGGUGUGCAGUUGGGAUUUUCUCGUAGGAAAUGAGAGUAGCACAGCGUCUUGAGGUAUGGAAAAUGGGCACCAUCAACUACUUGGAUGCACUUAAGCUUCAGGAGAAGUUGGUAUCCCACAGAAAAAGUCACAAGAUUUCAGAUACUCUCCUUUCCUUGCAACACUCACCUACAUAUACCCUUGGCAAGCGGCGUACUGAUCACAAUCUAUUAGUCCCUAUGUCUGAAUUGAAGAAGAUAGGAGCUGAACUUCAUUAUACACAGAGGGGAGGAGACAUUACAUUUCAUGGUCCACAUCAAGCCAUCUUAUAUCCUAUAAUUUCUCUCCAUGAAAUUGGGCUUGGUGCUCCGAAAUAUGUGGAGAAACUGGAGUUAACCAUGAUUGAAUUAGCAUCUUUAUAUGGAGUGAAAGCUUGUGCUGGACAAAAGGGUGAGACAGGUGUUUGGGUGGGAGAGAGAAAGAUUGGUGCAAUUGGUGUUCGGAUAUCAAAUGGAAUCACUUCUCAUGGCUUUGCAUUCAACAUUGAUCCUGAUUUGAACUAUUUUAAACAUAUUGUGCCUUGUGGAAUUGCAGAAAAGGAAGUUACAUCUUUGAAAAGGGAGACAGGUAUUGUGCUUCCUGCUGAAGAAGUAAUUCAUGAACAAUUAAUUUCUUGUUUUGCAAGACUGUUUGGUUAUAGUAGUAUUACAUGGAAGGAGAAUUCUUCAAUAUGUCUGAUAAUGAAAACUUUGAAUUGUAACCCUGAUAUGCAAAACUAUAUACUGAAGAAAAAUGAAUAAAAUUUGAUUCUUGUUGAUUUAUGUUGGAAUGAGGACUUCAAUAAGCAUUUUGAAAAAGGAGAACAUUAUACACUUAAUCCUUCCAUAAUUGUAGGAACUAGGAAGUGAGCAAUACUUUUGAUUCUUCAAUUGUUUUUCAUAGAAUAAAUAAAAAGUUCUAUGUGUUAUUCUUUCCUUUUUGCCUGAAGUAUGGGAACUCUAGAGGGGCAACAUCCAUCUACCUAGCUUUGAUUGCCAAAAACACCAGGCUGUGUAGCUGUUAAAAACCGUUAUGUUUUCUAGGAGCUAUGUUAGGGAAGUUAAGCAACUUCAUAAGAAUUGUCUAGGAUAAAUCUUUAAUGUUUGGUAUAAAUGAAUUUUUAUCAC